AUGCAAGCUGCAUAUAAAAUCUAUUUCCAAGAUGAAGGUGAAAAGUUUACAUUUGAGGCUGCAUGGAGAUUAUUGAAAGAUGAACCUAAAUGGCUCGCAGGUUCAUCCGAAGCUUCUACAAAAAGAAGAAAGAAUUCAACUUCAGGAGCAUAUUCUUCGCCUUCUAAUCCAUUAACACCAACAAGCAGUGAAUACGAUCCAUCAUCACCUACUUUGUCAGGUCGUCCAAUUGGUCAAAAGGAAGCCAAAAGGAAGGAGAAAGAAAAGCUUGUGGAAAUGUCUUAUACACCCAAUGUCAAAUAUGGUUCUUUGAAAGAUGACUUAAAAAUGAAAAUUAAUCUGAUGUCAAUGUUUGCACAGGACUAUGCACGCAGUGAGGGUGAAAAACUUGAGAUAGAGAGAAAAAAAGUUGAUGCAAAGAUUAAGAAGGCUGCGAUUGCUGAGGAAAGAUUAAAGAUGAAUGAUCUACAAAUACUCUCAAAAGAUACAUCAAAUAUGGAUGCAAGACAACUACAAGCUCAUGAAAUAUUAUGCGACAUGAUUAGAGAAAAAUAUGGAAUUAAUUAG